AUGGCCUUACAAAGUCUAAGGGGUAGUAUGAGAUCUGUAGUAGGUAAAAGAAUUUGUCCCUUGAUUGAGUAUGCUAUUUUCCCUCCUUUACCGCGCAUUAUUGUAUAUGCUUCUAGAAGAGCACGUAUGCAGAGAGGAAAUUACAGUUUAAUAAAAAAGCCUAAAAAAGUUUCAACUUUACGGCAAUAUCAAUCAACUAAAAGUCCUAUGUAUCAAUCCUUACAGCGGAUUUGUGGGGUCCGAGAGUGGUUGAAUAAGUAUUGCAUGUGGAAGGAAGUAGACGAAAAAGAUUUUGGAUUCGAAAUAGGCGCAUUCGACUAA